GAUAAAACUCUUCCAAAAUAGACGAUAAUAAAUAUAAUGCUACCGACUGCCUAACUAUUAUAACUCCGAAACUUAACUACGAAAACAGGUUCAAAAUGUUUUUUAAACGUUGUUACAGUCAAAGAAAAAUGAACGAAGAGGUUGACGUGCAAAGUGACUUGGCAGUUGAGACUAAAGUAAAAGAAAAGGAGAAUGUGGAUUUAGAAGAUGCUUUAGAUUUGGCAGGCCACGGAAAGUAUCAGUGGUUCCACAGCAGCCUGAUGCUGUUUACGUUGCUGGCGGCCGUACUGGAGAUGGGUGGCAUCGCCUUCGUAAUGCCGGCCGCCACGUGUGACCUUCAGAUUCCAGAUAACUUGAAGGGCAUUCUUACAUCCAUACCUAAUAUUGGGGUGAUACUGACAGCGACGCUGUGGGGUCGCGCGGCGGACACCCUGGGUCGAAAACCAGUGCUAAUCAUCUCGUCAGCUAUGUCCGGGCUCUUGGGCCUGGCUGCUGCAUUCAUGCCGACUCUGCUGGGGUUUGCGUUGCUUAAACUGGCUGGCUCUUUGUUUUUAUCAAGUCCCUCGUCACUCAGCUUCGCAUAUGCGUGCGAGAUCAUGCCAAUGAAGUAUCGAGAUAUAACUGUGCUUAUAUCUAACGGGCUGGUCAUGGUGCUGUCGACCGUCAUUCCAGCUUUUGCUUGGCUAAUCCUCCCUUAUUCCUGGCGGCUUGAGAUAGGCACGCUCGUCUUCCGACCCUGGCGCCUCCUCACCGUUGUCUAUGUAAUGCCUUUGAUCAUUGCCGCGGUGUUUAUGCUGGGAAUGCAGGAGAGCCCCAAGUUUCUGGCCACCAGGGGAAAAUGGCAAGAGUCAUUGGCAGUAUUGCGUAGAGUGUAUGCUUUUAAUACUGGUUUGGCACCAGAGGAGUACCAGGUAAAAUCCUUGAAAAGCUCUUCAGAUACGGUGAGUGAGGGAUCAAGCGACUCCAACGGCGAGCUGGCUCCGGGUCCUCGCAAACUGACUGCGAUGGCGAUGCUGAAGCCUCCACACGUCAAGUGGCUCGCACUUACCAGCUUCCUCAUGUUUGGUAUCAUGUCUGUGCUGAGUGGGCUGUUUCUCUUUGCCCCUGAUAUACUAAACAGGACUCUUUUUGGAUCGGAAGACGAAGUCGGCACUGUAUGUGUUGUGCUUAACCCGAAUGGCAAUUCGACAGACACCGGCGCAUGCGUGGACGACAUCUCUCAUGAAGCAUUUCAGAUCAUGGUGAUCUCCACGCUCAUAUUUGGCGUGAUUGUGAUGGCUGCCAGCAUGAUGCCGCUCUCCAAGAAGGUGGUGCUGGUCGCAAUGUUCGUCAUCGUUGGUGCCGCAUGUCUCGUCUCUGUGCUAACUACGAACAUGAUUCUUGCCGCAGUGACCAUGUCCUGUCUUCAGCUGCUGUCGCUGGGCAUUGGACCCGUCAUGGCCUACGUUGUUAGAUUUUUCCCGACGAGUUUAAGGGGCACAGCGGUGGGCGCAGUUCUCAUGUUCGGACGACUGGGCUCCGCCGUCGGUGCCAACGUAGCCGGGCUGUUACUAGCCGCCGCUUGCACCGCCACCUUCUACGGGUUCACAGCUUUAUUAUUCUUGUGCGCAGCUCUGAGCUUUCUCCUGCCCGGAGAUAACUCGAGAGAUGAAGAUUCUAGCAGCCAAUUAUAGUGUUAAGUUAUAUAUAAAAUAUGCUAACUAUAAAAUAAACUAUUGUAAUAUAA